AAUCAGGAAUGCAGCGGGAGAAAACAGGACGCUUCCGUAAUGUUGCGGGUUCUUUUUGCUUCUCUGCGCCUAGAGCUUCAGUCCUUCUCUUCACUGCUCUGCGUCCUCUGCUCCUAGAGGCUAAGCCUCUGUGGCCUUGUGUCCUGCAGGUAUUCGCAGAUUUAUGGCUAAAAGACCGGGACCCCCUGGAAGCCGAGAAAUGGGACUGUUGACAUUCAGAGACAUAGCUAUAGAAUUCUCUCUGGCGGAAUGGCAAUGCCUGGAUCAUGCUCAGCGGAAUUUAUAUAGAGAUGUGAUGUUAGAGAACUACAGAAACCUGGUCUCCCUGGGUAUUGCUGUCUCUAAGCCAGACUUGAUCACCUGUCUGGAGCAAAAUAAAGAGCCCCGGAAUAUAAAGAGAAAUGAGAUGGUAGCCAAACACCCAGUUACAUGCUCUUAUUUCACCCAAGACCUUCAGCCAGAGCAGGGCAUAAAAGAUUCACUCCAAAAAGUGAUACCGAGAAGAUAUGGAAAAUGUGGACACGAGAAUUUACAAGUAAAAAAAUGCUGUAAAAGUGUGGGUGAGUGUGAGGUGCACAAAGGAGGUUAUAAUGAUGUUAAACAAUGUUUGUCAACUACCCAAAACAAAGUAUUUCAGACUCAUAAAUGUGUCAAAGUCUUUGGUAAACACAAGACAAGACAUACUGGAAAGAAACAUUUCAAAUGUAAAAACGAUGGCAAAUCAUUUUGCAUGCUUUCACACCUAAAUCAACAUCAGAUAAUUCAUACUAGGGAGAAGUCCUACAAAUGUGAAGAAUGCGGCAAACCCUUUAACUGCUCUUCAGCCCUUACUAGACAUAAAAGAAUUCAUACUGGAGAGAAACCCUACAGAUGUGAGGAAUGCGGCAAAGCUUUUAGCUGGUCUGCAUCCCUUACUAAACAUAAGAGAAUUCAUACUGGAGAGAAACCUUACACACGUGAAGAACGUGGCAAAGCCUUUAGCCGCUCAACAGUUACUAACCACAAGAGAAUUCAUACUGGAGAGAAACCCUACACAUGUGAAGAAUGUGGCAAAGCCUUUAGCCGCUCCUCAACACUUACUAACCACAAGAGAAUUCAUACUGGAGAGAGACCCUACAAAUGUGAAGAAUGUGGCAAAGCCUUUAGCUUAUCCUCAACCCUUAAGAAGCAUAAGAUAGUUCAUACUGGGGAGAAGCUCUACACAUGUGAAGAAUGUGGGAAAGCCUUUACCUUCUCCUCAACUCUAAAUACUCAUAAGAGGAUUCAUACUGGAGAGAAACCCUACACUUGUGAAGAAUGUGGCAAAGCCUUUAGCUUACCCUCAACCUUCACUUACCACAAGAGAAUUCAUACUGGAGAGAAACCCUACAAAUGUGAAGAAUGUGGCAAAGCCUUUAACUGCUCCUCAACCCUUAAGAAACAUAAAAUAAUUCAUACUGGAGAGAAACUCUACAAAUGUAAAGAAUGUGGGAAAGCCUUUACCUUCUCCUCAACUCUAAAUACUCAUAAAAGGAUUCACACUGGAGAGAAACCCUACAAAUGUGAAGAAUGUGACCAAGCUUUUAAGUGGCAUUCAAGUCUUGCGAAUCAUAAGAAUAUGCAUACUGGAGAGAAACCCUACAAAUGUGAAUAAUGUGGUAAAGCCCAGCCCUCAGGCCUUAUAAUACAUAAAAUAAUUUAUACUGGAAAAAAUCACUACAAGUGUGGAGAAUGUGGCCAAUAUUUUAACCAGUUCCAAACUGCUGCUGUACAUAAGAUAAUUCAUAUUGGACAAAAAUCUUAUAAAUGU